UCCCUUUGAUUCUCACCCUGGCUGCGAGCAAAGUGUCUUCAUGAGCGCAGAGGAUGUCCGGGAAGCACUACAAGGGGCCUGAAGUCAGUUGUUGCAUCAAAUAUUUCAUCUUCGGCUUCAAUGUCAUUUUCUGGUUCCUUGGGAUAGCAUUUCUUGGGAUUGGAUUGUGGGCAUGGAAUGAAAAGGGCGUGCUGUCCAAUAUCUCCUCCAUCACCGACCUAGGAGGCUUUGAUCCAGUUUGGCUCUUCCUAGUGGUAGGAGGAGUUAUGUUCAUUUUGGGAUUUGCAGGAUGCAUUGGAGCUUUGCGAGAAAAUACCUUUCUUCUCAAAUUUUUUUCUGUGUUUCUUGGAAUCAUUUUCUUCUUGGAGCUUACUGCUGGUGUUCUAGCAUUUGUUUUCAAAGACUGGAUAAAGGACCAGCUGUAUUUCUUUAUAAACAACAACAUCAGAGCAUACAGAGAUGACAUUGAUUUGCAAAACCUCAUAGACUUCACACAGGAAUAUUGGCAGUGCUGUGGGGCUUUUGGAGCUGAUGACUGGAACCUUAAUAUUUACUUCAACUGCACAGAUUCCAACGCAAGUCGAGAGCGCUGUGGUGUGCCAUUCUCUUGCUGCACUAAAGACCCUGCUGAAGAUGUUAUUAAUACUCAGUGUGGCUACGAUGCAAGGCAAAAACCAGAAGUUGAUCAGCAGAUUGUUAUCUACACUAAAGGCUGUGUCCCUCAGUUUGAGAAAUGGUUGCAGGACAAUCUUACCAUAGUUGCCGGUAUAUUCAUUGGGAUAGCAUUACUGCAGAUAUUUGGGAUAUGCUUAGCCCAGAAUUUGGUUAGUGACAUUGAGGCUGUCAGAGCCAGCUGGUAAAACUGCUGAAGUAACCACAACAAGACACUGGACAACCGAAACCCUCUGAAACCUCCAGUGUGUCGCUCCGACACCAAGCUGCAUGGACAUGGGUGACAGGGAAGCCUUCUCUCCCAAGUAGUCUCAAGUCUAAGUUCCUGAUAUUGCAGUGAACUCGUGUUUCUUUGGGGUGGGGGAGAGAAGAGUGGGCUGUUUAAAAUCUGCUGCUCACUGACAAUUUUUUUUUCUUUUAAACCACCAGUUUGAAAGCUGUUGAGCCGUGAAUCUCUACUGUAUUCUUGAUCCUGAGUAAAAAGUGGACACUUUUUUAAAUUGGUGUAUUCGAUGGGACAGAGUUGCAUCGUUGUAGUCUGUGGAUAUGCUGUUUAUUCUUUGUGUCAUGAGCUCUUCGAUAGCUGCCAAAUAUUCCUGAGA